GGAGGAGCGGGCGCAGCGGGUGAAUGGCGGCGACGCGAACCGGGAUUUCACGCGGCUGACGACCGACCACGGUGACACAAUCCUCUGCUACCGUUGCGGACUGUCGGCACUGCAUGGCCCGGUGGUGCGCUGCGACUACUGCCCGCUAAGCUGGCACUGGGACUGCCUGGACCCGCCGCUGUCCGGGCCCGCCGGCACCGCUGAAACGGUGGAUGUGCCCGAACCACGCCGAGCACGCGCUGCGGCGGCGGCAUAACCGGUUCCGCAAGGAGCGGAUUGUCGAUCUGACGAACGCACCGGACGAUGCACGCAAUAGUGGCGUGAUCGACGUUAUCGACGAUGAGCCGCCGGUGGAGCUGGCCGACCCGAAGGUCAAGUUUCGUGUGCCCGCCACGCUGAUUCGCCGGCAGUUCGAGCUGCGCGUGCAGCGCGACCGGCAGCAGCGAUCGGGCCAGAUCAGUCCCGGGACGGGCAGCCCAUUGACCGAUGAUAGCAGUCCGGUGAUAGAUGGCAAAGCCAAUGGCACCACAGAGCCGUCGCCUGGUGCCAGGCAAAGCAACGGGCUGGAAUCGGGCCCAGUGGCGCUUGCAGAGUGGCUGCAGUCGAUUGUCUCGUUCCAGCAGGAUGUUGCGCAAUUUGUCAUGGCGACGCAUAAUAUUACGCAGGACGCGAGCAGUCCGGGCACAGGCCGCGUCGAUAAGAUGCAGAUGCUUACUGAUAUCGCGGCCAGCGUGCUAAAUCCACCGGCCGCUCUGCCUGCAGCACAAAGUAACCGGGCUGCCCCAAAGUCCGACCAGGCGACAACUCCGAACGCAAGCGUGGCGGCAUCUCGGCUAAAUCAGGUAAUACCAGGCUACGUGGGUUCCUUGUACAGCACGGCCUGUCGCGACAGGACUUGCAGCAGGCACUGGAUGAGAUCUUAAAUGGCAAUGAUGGCGGCAGUGGCCAAGAUGACGUAGGAGUAGCCACCCUGGGCAGCAAAAGUCUGCAGCCCGCUGCAGAAGACGCUGGGCUGGUGGGCAUAAAGCGUCGGCGUGCGAGCACUGAUGAUGGUAUGGAUGCAGGGUGCUCUACAGUAGACGCGAAUGGCGCGAAGCAGGUGCGGAUGCAGCUGCG